AUGUCCCAGGCUGAAACGCCCAAGGUCACCGAUCUCAACAAGGUGUCUUACGCCCUAUCGAAGAUGGAUAAGGGCCUCGAAUCCGAAUGGAACAACUACGCCUUGCUUAGGCUCCUAAGCGAGUAUAAACCCAAGACCUGGGAGAUGUUUCAAAAGUGGGCCAAAUCUAGUGCCUUCUCUGGGGGGUUCAGUUUUCCAGACACGAGGUCCUACCUCUCCCUUACUCUUGGAGAUCGUGAUGCAAGUGAGUAUCUCGCCGACUUCAAGGCCUUCGAGGACGGUUUCGACCUCGAACAGUUUCGAGCGGACCUUUACGUUCUAGGGCUUCCUGACGACCUCCAAUUUGAUGUAAUGAUCUCUCUUGACUGGGACGCGACCCGUGAAGAGAUUCACGCACGCACGAUGAGAUUAAUGGAGGUCCGCAGGGAUCUUGAUCUUCCCACAAACCUCGUCUCUGAUCAGGAAGACGCUGUGGUCAAGAAAAGAAGACGGCGGGGCCGUUCCCGGGGCUCCAGGAAGCGUCGGGCACAGGCUUCGGACAAUGGCAAUGCUGGAAGCUCUCAAUGCAGCUACUGCGAGAAGUACGGUCAUACCGAGGUAGAGUGUCGCGCUAAGAAGCGCGAGGAGCGCCAGAUUAAGAUAAUACUGGAGAGAAUCUCUUCGCAAACUGAGUAG